AUGAAACAAGUAGUACUAGCUUUAGCCCUGUUUGGCUUUGUGGCUUGUGGCCGCCUUGACAGUGGAUAUUUACCACCAAAUCAAGGAGGUAGAGGUUAUCCAGACACCACAAGUGCUGUCUUUGGUGGAAGAACAUCCAGUUUCAGCUCCAGUGGAAGAUUUGGUGCCAGUGGAAGCUUUGGAUCCAGUGGAAGGUUUGGAUCUAGUGGAAGCUUUGGAGCCGGCUCAAGUUUUGGAGCUUCUGGCAAAUUCUCCGGCUCUGGUGCUGGCCAAUACUCUGGUGCUGGCCAAUACUCUGGUGCUGGCCAAUACUCCGGUGCUGGCCAAUACUCCGGUGCUGGCCAAUACUCCGGUGCUGGACAUGCUGGUGCCCAAGUACCGAUUCUUCGUCUGGACAACAACAACAACGGUGACGGCUCCUACCAAUACGCCUACGAAACCGGCAACGGCAUCAACGCCCAAGAACAAGGCGUAGGUGGCCAACACGCCAACGGCGGAUUCUCCUACACCUCCCCAGAGGGUGAAAACGUCCAAAUCUCCUACACCGCCGACGAAAACGGCUUCCACCCGCAAGGCUCCCAUUUGCCAACGCCACCACCAAUCCCAGACGCCAUCCUGAAGUCCAUCGAGCUCAACCAACAAAAUGCUGGACGUGGCGGUUACCAGGAGGGACAAUACCAAGAGGGUCAAUACGAGGCGCCAAGACCUAGCUAUGGAGCCCCCCAACAGCAGUACGGUGCCCCAGCUGCCCCAAGGCCAGCUUACAAGGCUCCAAGUGCCUUCAAACCUGCCUUCGGAGGUGCUGCCCAACGCACUUACAUCCCACCAGCGUCCGGAAAUAACGGUGGAUACAGAUAUUAGAUGUGAUAGAGCCAUGACUGUAUAUAUUUAAUAAAAUUUCUUUA